AUGUGGAGCAAACUUGAGACCAGGUCCUCAUUAUGUUCGCUUGAUAGCUACCAAGUCUCCUUCUCGUUUAAUCCUUUGCACGCGGGGUGUUAUAUCCAGUUACCGCGAAAAAUUAUGACAAAGAGAGCGAUCGUGAACGUGCGCUCUAUGGUCAAUGCAUGUUUCGCAUGGUCAGUGGUGGUCGCUCUAUAUCCAGCUAAAAGUAACACAGACCUGGAAUCGUCAUAUCCGCAUUAUAAAUCUGUGUUAAAUCUCAAGGACAUUGAAUUUCCAAUGAUGUUAAGUCAAAUAAAAAAGUUUGAGAAUCUCAACGCAAUCUCCAUCAACGUAUAUACUAUUGAAAACAAGGAACAAGUAUCGAUUCUACCGAUUCGCCUCGCUGACACGAAGAAGGAGAAGCAUGUCAACCUACUAUACGUGGAAAAAGAUGGUGUGGGGCAUUUCACAUGGAUCAAGAAUUUGUCCCGCCUCGUGAGCUCGCAACUGAGCAAAAACGCGCAGAAGAAAUACAUUUGCGAUAGGUAUGUAUAAUAAAAACUUUAAAAAAAUUCCAUAGACUGCGGGGAGAUGAACGAAUGCGCGAUCAGAUUACCAAGCGAAGACGACAAGUGGCUAAGUUUUAACAACUACAGCAGGAAGGAACGUGUCCCGUUUGUCGUGUAUGCCGACCUGGAAUGUAUCCUGACAAAAAUGGAAAGAGAUCCGGAAACACCGAGCUACAAAUAUAUAGACACAAUUGAGAAUGACGAUUUCAUUUAUUAUAAGCACAAUAAAAGCGGUAUAUUUACGACUAGAUUUAUCUACCGGAACAUGGAAAAACCCAUUUUUUAG